CAAAUCGCAGUAUCAGUCGUCCUCGAUAUAAUUUCCUCCAUGAAGCCCGAUUGAAAACAGUUUGUCGUCUCCAUUAUUUACAAUGUCUAAUUACAAAAUUGGAGUAAAUCUACGGGUGACAGAAAACAGCAACCAAGGCGGGAGGAAGUAUAUGGAAGAUAAUAAUUCAAUACAAUUUGUUAGAAACGACGAGGGAGGUUAUGAAUUUGCAUACUUUGGAAUAUUCGAUGGUCAUGGCGGUUCUGAGGCGUCUAAAUUUGUUCGGGAUCAUUUAUUGAAUCAAAUUAAAAAGUAUGAUUACUUUUGGAAUGGUGAAGAUGAUCAGAUUUUGGCUGCUAUUAAGAAUGGCUUUCUCGACACCCAGGAACUCAUGUGGAAGGAAGUUGGCAAAUGGUCAAGGACAGCAAGCGGUCAUCCUAGUACAUCUGGUACAACAGGCAGCAUAGCAAUUAUCAAAAACUCCAAACUGUACAUUGGUCAUGUUGGCGACUCAGGUGUAGCUCUUGGUUAUGAACAAGACAGAAGAUGUGAAAAACGCCCUGUACCUGGGGUUAUGCUUACACAGGACCACAAGCCAGACAGUCCUGAGGAGAUAAAGCGAAUUAGAAGGGUUGGAGGUCAAGUGGUUGCCAAAGCUGGAGUCCAGAGAGUGGUGUGGAACCGCCCCAAUAUCAGCAACAAGGGUCCAGUACGGAGAAGCACUCCAAUUGACAAGAUACCAUUCCUAGCUGUGGCAAGAAGUUUGGGUGAUUUAUGGAGCUUCAACUAUCAAAACAACGAAUAUGUUGUCUCCCCUGUUCCGGAUGUAGCUGUCCAUGAACUGGAUCCAGCCAUUCACAGGUGCCUGAUCCUGGGAUCGGACGGAUUGUGGAAUAUGAUGACAGCUGAGGCAGCAGCAAGCAUGGUGGCUGAUUUGGAGAACCACUUUGAAUACAAAGUUAUCCAUGAUCCGAAUGUACCUGUGUCUUACUGGAUAAAUCCUGCAGAAAAACUAGUUCAGAAGGCUUUGCACUCAUGGAGGGCUAAGCUAAUGAAGGCUGACAACACAAGUUGUAUUGUGGUGCUGAUUGACCCUCUAGGACCCAGAAAACUAUCGAUUCUCAAAAGGAAAAGGGAGGAGUAUUUCCAGAAGAUAGCACCUGAGAAAAAUGUAGCCUCAUCUUCCACAAGGACAUCACCCAGAAAACAUGAAACUGUUUCAAAACCUGAGAAUGUGAAGAAUGUCAAAGAAGAGGAGAAUAAGAAAAAGGUGACAAGUAGAGUGAACCCACAUAGUGUAACAACAAAAACAGUUAUCUCUUCUGUCUCAAACGAAAAAUCGAAAUGUUUAUCCUUACACACAUCAGUCAAUUCUGAACUGGACGACAGUAUUCAAGCUAACAGUGUCCACUUCAAGGCAACCCUUGUGCAGGGAACAUGUGCCAAAGAGAAGCUGAACUUCAGUUGUUCCAAUGUGUUUGCAAGAUUCAAAGGGAGCAAAUCAGAUCUAGAUGUCAAUACUUCCACACAGGGUGUUCCAAUUACAAGGGCAAGGCACCACUCUGGAAAUGUGAUCCUUCAGUCACACAAAGUCCAGAAAAGUUUAGAUCAAAACCAGAAGCCAGUGAAAAACCAGAUUUUUACUGCAUCUUCAUUGAAAGAUCUCUCAGUUCUCACAGACAGCUUGAAGCCUUAUCAGACCAACCGAGUUCACAUAACCGAGAAAAGCAUGAAGAAAGUGGAACCUCCCAUAUCUGCUUGUAGCCUCAAAGAUGUUCAGAAUUUCAUGGAUUGUGGCAAAAGUGAGAUCAAGGUGCGAACAAACAGUGAUAUGAAUCAGCGAGCUAGCAAAGAGGAUGGAAGUCAGAAAGAUCUGAAAGUGGACACCAUUAUUAAGGGGAGCAAUACAGAAUGUGGGGGACAUUUUCUAAGGAGACACUCUGUUGGUGCAAUAGAAAGUAAAAAGGCUUCAUGUGUGGCCUCAAAACUGAGAAAAGGAAAGCAACGGUCCCUGCGGUGUCGAGGUCAAGUAGAAAACAAAGUGAAAGCAAAUGCAAUAACAAUCACAGGUGUCAAGCGGAAAAGAAAUAGCAGUGAUAGCGUACCACAGACAAAAAAAGCUUGCCGUAGAUAGUGCUAGAUAUAUUCAAUCUAUAUAUGGUUGUGCAUUGCUAUCAUAUUUUUUAAUUCUGUCCUAUUUUAGAAUGUCAGCACAAACCUCUAUGCAUUUGCCAAAGUAUUUUGCAGAGUGAUUUCAUUUUAAUACUCAAUUUCUCACAAUACCAUGGAAUCAAAAAUGUUUUCCAUUUCAUUAUUUUAUCUGUUAAUUUUAUGUUUGACACUUGUAGAUGACUAAUUACUGAUUUGCCUGUGCAUUCUAUUAAUGAUACAUCCUUUUUUCAAUGAAAAUGCAGAGUAUUGGGUUUAAUCUGAAAUUCUGUGGUCACCUCUCAUCCCAAUGAUUGCCCUAGAAAGAGAUGAAUAUUUUAUUUCUUUGCAAAGAAUGUUUCCAUGUUAUAGCAGUUAUGGUAGUUAACCUCUCUCUAAUACCUUUACUAUUUAAUAGAAAAGAAAAUUCUUAAAUCUAAUUAUAACUUGUCAGGGUAGGGGGAACAAAGAUUUUGUAUUUACCUUAUUAAUUUUAUAUUUUUGAUUUGAGUGUGAGUUAAGAUGGGUAAUACUUGAAAUCUGGGUGACAAAUAAUUUUGAGCACAAGUCCAUUUUGUCAUAGGAUGUUAGAUUAGUUUAUAUUUCAUUUUUGUUUUUUCAUUGCUUAUAGUUCAAAGCCUGUUUCGAUAUUCAUCAUUGCUUUAAAUAUCUUUCUAAUUGUGUAGCAAAAAUAAUGAGAAGAAGAUUAUCUGGACCUUUGAUCAGGAGUUAAUGAUAAUAUUAAAACAUCUUUUUUUGUAUAGGUGAUUCAUAGCUUGCACAGUCUUCGAACAAAUCUUUGAUGCACAAUAUGACACUGAACAAGAAACACAAGAAAUUCAUUUUUUUUUAAUUGAUUUUUUUUUUAAAAUAUUAUUUAUGUAUAUUGACUUUUGAUGAAUGGUGUUUUAUAGUGGCAUCUUAUUUAUAUUUAUUGAACAUAUAAUUUUAAACAAAAUUAUUUAAUAUGAUUUAAAAAACUUUAUUGCAUGCAAUUUUUUAAAUUUAGUUUUUGGU